UCAAGUCAAGAAAAUGCUCCCAAUUCAACUAGAGAGAAAAUUUUAAAGCAUAAAAGUCUUCCACUUGUUCGUAAUAAUACUGUCACUAAACGAACACGGGCCUCCUAUUCUAUUACACAAAAAUUAGCAGUAGUUGAUUAUGCAGUACAGCAUGGAAGAAAUAUGGCAGCAGUUAAUUUUAACCUUGAUGCCACAAGCUCAAAUUGGAUAGCAGAAACCAAUAACAAAAGCAAGCGAAUUGGUUCUGGUCAAAGAGCUUUUUACCCUGAGGCUAAAAAACGCUUAUAUACGUGGAUAAUCGAACAAAGAAAGCAGGCAUUAGCUGUAACUUACGAGAUUAUGCAAAACCGAAUGAUGGAGAUUUUGCAACAACCAGAUAUG